UGCAGCACGUGAAAGCGCUCCCCCGGCCUCGUGCGCCCAAUGUCAGCAAAGCCACGUGGUGUCUCGCGGUCCCGCAUGGGCAGCUGAGUCACUGCCCCAGGCGAACGCAGCGAUCCAGGGCUUGUGUAUUCACAGGGUGAGGAUAUAUCUGAGUAAAGGGCGUCUCUAGUGAGAGCCCUGGGCCCAGGCCAGCUAUCCUCUCGUGGGAGGAGAGAUCGCUCCGAGCCGUGCCAGGAGAAGGGCUUGCGCCUGCUUGUACUCGCUGCGGGAGACUGGUGGGGAGAGAAGCUGCUCUGAAGCCCUGAGCAGCCAUGGAGAAGAUGCAGCAGGUCGUCGGGCAGGCAAGAGCCGCCUUCAACUCGGGCCGGUGCCGCUCACUGGAGUUCAGGAUGCAGCAGCUGAAGGCCCUGGAGCGGAUGGUGCAGGAGAAGGAGAAGGAGAUCCUGGCAGCCAUCAAGGCGGAUCUGCACAAGAGUGGUCCCAACGCGUUCAGCCACGAGAUCCUGGGUGUGCUGGGGGAGCUGGCCCUGGCCAUGGAGAAGCUGCCGUCCUGGGCAGCCCCUCAGCCCGUGAAGAAGAACCUGCUGACGAUGCGGGACGAGGCCUACAUCAAUCCUGAGCCGUUGGGAGUGGUGCUGAUCAUCGGGGCCUGGAACUACCCCUUUGUCCUGGUGAUGCAGCCUUUGAUCGGGGCCAUCGCAGCAGGCAAUGCUGUGGUGGUGAAGCCGUCGGAGAUCAGCGAGAACACGGCUCGGCUGAUGGCUGAUCUGCUGCCGCAGUACCUUGACCGGGAGCUGUACCCCGUGGUCACCGGAGGAGUACCUGAGACAACAGAGCUGCUGACCCAGAGAUUUGAUCACAUCCUCUACACCGGCAACUCCACGGUGGGCAAAAUUGUGAUGGCAGCGGCCGCCAAGCACCUGACGCCCGUCACGCUGGAGCUGGGUGGGAAGAGCCCCUGCUACAUCGACAAGGACUGCGACCUGGCCGUCGCCUGCAGGCGGAUAACGUGGGGGAAGUACAUGAACUGUGGGCAAACCUGCAUCGCCCCGGACUACAUCCUCUGCGAGCCGUCCAUCCAGAGCAAGGUGGUGGAGAAUAUCAAGGCAACGCUGCAGGAAUUCUAUGGGGAAGACGUGAAGUCGUCUCCGGAUUACGAAAGGAUCGUCAACAAGCGUCACUUCAGGAGGAUCCUGGGCCUGCUGGAAGGACAGAAGAUCGCUCACGGGGGAGAGACUGAUGAGGCCUCCUGCUUCAUAGCACCGACUAUCCUCACCGACGUUUCUCCGGAGUCAAAGGUGAUGGAGGAGGAAAUCUUUGGGCCGGUCCUUCCCAUUCUGACCGUGAAGAGCGUGGACGAAGCCAUUGAGUUCAUCAACGGUCGGGAGAAGCCCCUUGCCCUGUAUGUCUUCUCCAACAACAAGAAGCUGAUCAGACAGGUGAUAUCGGAGACCUCCAGCGGUGGUGUGACAGCCAAUGACGUCUUCAUGCACUCUGUGAUUCCAGAUCUGCCCUUCGGCGGCGUGGGUAACAGCGGGAUGGGCGCCUACCACGGCAAGCACAGCUUUGAGACCUUCUCCCACCGCCGUGCCUGCUUGAUCAAGGACCUGAAGAUGGAGUUUGUUCACAGACUCCGGUACCCACCUGGCAGCCAGAAGAAGGUGGAUUGGGCCAAGUUCUUCCUCUCGAAGCUGUUUAACAAAGGCCGAAUUGGACUGGUUGUCUUGGCCCUGCUGGGGAUUGUGGCAGCGGUGGUGGCAAAGGCAGCCAAUGCACUGAAGAGGUAGAAGCAAAUGAAAAACACCUGAAGCAGAGAAGCCCCAAGAUGAAGGCUCCAGCUCCUGCUGAAACACGAGAAUCGAUUCAGACCUCCACCAUUGCUCAUGACGCAGCAGUGACAGCAUCAGAUGGAAGGAGGCAGCUUGGGAAUGGGGGAAUGGUUUGUCACAGGGUAUCAAAACAAAGCCAGUUGUUACUGA